CCUUGCCUGUGCCUCUGCUUCCUCCCGCCCCGCACCGGGACGCCGCUUCCCAUCUCCUCCUCCCUGGACUCGAAACGCGUCCAAACCCUAACCCUAAACCCCUCCCCACCCCAACAACCUCCGCCCAAUCUUCCCCACCCCACUCACCACCUGGCUGCCCCCUCCCGAUUCGCCACGCUGGCCGGAUUCGAUCCAUGUAUGUGACCAAGCUCCCCGACCUCACCUCGUCAUGGCUGCCGGCUGAGGGGGAUAAGCAGGAGACACACCCAGCGUCCAUGGCAUUGGGAGAUCUCAUGGCGUCCAGGCUCGUCCACUCCUCGUCCUCGCCGUCCCCAUCGCCGUCGCCAUCGAUGGCCGCGCCCACGCCGCCGCUGCCGAAUCACCACCACAACCACGUCACGGAUGACCUCCCCGUCGCCAACGGUCCGGAGCCCAGGAAUGGGCUGGAGGUCGCCGAGGUGGAGAAACCGGCGCCCGUGGUGUACCUGCCCCAGGUGGUGGUGCUGUGCGAGCAGCGCCACGAGAGGAUCGACGAGGCUGCUGCCGCCGCCGGGCCCUCCACCAGCGGCCUCGUCUCAAAGUGGCGCCCAAAGGACCGGAUGAAGACUGGAUGUGUUGCCCUUGUAUUAUGUUUGAACAUUAGUGUUGAUCCACCAGAUGUAAUUAAAAUCUCCCCUUGCGCAAGAAUGGAGUGCUGGAUAGAUCCAUUUUCUAUGGCACCUCCUAAAGCCCUUGAAAAUAUUGGAAAAACUUUGCACUCACAGUAUGAGCGCUGGCAACCUAAGGCUCGUUACAAGCUUCAGCUAGAUCCAACUGUGGAGGAAGUUAAGAAGCUUUGUAAUACUUGCCGCAGAUAUGCCAGAUCAGAGAGAGUCCUUUUCCAUUACAAUGGCCAUGGUGUACCAAAGCCUACAACUAAUGGUGAGAUUUGGGUGUUUAACAAGAGUUACACGCAGUAUAUUCCACUUCCGAUUACUGAUCUUGAUUCUUGGCUAAAAACACCUUCCAUUUAUGUUUUUGACUGCUCAGCAGCUGGAAUUAUUGUGAAAGCUUUUCUAGAGCGCCUAGACUGGAGUUCCAGCUCCUCUUCGUCUUCGCAGAAGGAUUGCAUUCUUCUUGCUGCCUGCGAAGCACAUCAAACACUUCCCCAGAGUGCAGAAUUUCCUGCUGAUGUGUUUACGGCUUGCCUUACAACACCCAUCAAGAUGGCAUUGCACUGGUUUUGUAAGAGAUCAUUACUCCGUGGUUCUAUGGAUCAUUCUCUUAUUGACCAAAUUCCUGGAAGGCAAAAUGACCGUAAAACUCUUCUUGGAGAACUGAAUUGGAUUUUCACUGCCAUUACAGACACUAUUGCAUGGAAUGUUCUUCCUCAUGAUCUAUUCCAAAGGCUUUUCAGGCAAGAUCUUCUGGUUGCUAGUCUCUUCCGUAACUUCCUGCUUGCUGAGAGAAUCAUGCGAUCUGCAAAUUGUUCUCCAAUUUCUUAUCCGUUGUUACCACCGACACAUCAACACCAUAUGUGGGACGCAUGGGACAUGGCUGCUGAGAUUUGCCUUUCCAAGCUUCCUCAGUUAAUUGCUGAUCCAAAUGCAGAGUUUCAGCAAAGCCCUUUUUUCACGGAACAACUGACGGCUUUUGAAGUGUGGCUUGAUCAUGGUUCUGAGGACAAGAAGCCCCCUGAACAAUUACCUAUAGUUCUUCAGGUCCUGCUUAGUCAAUCACAUAGAUUCAGAGCGCUUGUUUUGCUUGGAAGAUUUCUUGACAUGGGACCAUGGGCAGUUGAUUUGGCCCUGUCUGUUGGAAUCUUUCCUUAUGUGCUCAAACUGCUUCAAACAAGUGCAAUGGAGUUGCGUCAAAUUCUUGUGUUCAUAUGGACGAAAAUUCUAUCUCUUGAUAAGUCGUGCCAGGUGGACUUGGUUAAAGACGGAGGACAUGCAUAUUUUAUCAGGUUUCUUGACAGUUUGGAUGCUUACCCAGAUCAGCGUGCAAUGGCCGCUUUCGUUUUAGCAGUUAUUGUGGAUGGGCAUAGGACGGGUCAAGAGGCCUGUAUUCAUGCAUGUCUUAUAGAUGUUUGUCUGAGACAUCUGCAACCUGAAAAUCCCCAUGAUGCACAGACAGAGCCUUUGCUUUUGCAGUGGCUUUGUUUAUGCCUUGGCAAACUCUGGGAAGAUUUUGCUGAGGCUCAGUUACUUGGUCUGCAAUCAAAUGCACCAGAAAUUUUAAUUUAUUUGUUAUCGGAGCCCCAACCUGAGGUACAAUGCCUUCAUAUUUCAUCUGUUCUUUCCUUUGCUUCCUUCACAAUAUAUUUAUUAAAUAUUUGGUCUUGCCAGGUCAGAGCUUCUGCUGUUUUUGCACUUGGGAAUCUUCUGGAUAUGGGAUCAACAUCAUCAAAUGGCGCCGAUGAUGAUUCUGAUGAUGAUGAAAAAGUAAAAGCUGAAAUAAAUGUCGUUCGAAGCCUUCUGCAGGUUUCUUCAGAUGGUAGCCCCCUUGUUAGAUGUGAGGUUGCUAUAGCGCUUACUCGUUUUGCAUUGGGUCACAAUAAGCAUCUCAAAUCUGUUGCUGCUGAGUAUUGGAAACCUCAAACCAAUUCAUUGCUGAAGUCACCUCCAUCACUGGCCAAUAUAAGUAGUCCAAACAAUGUCUACAGUCCCAACAACAUUCGACAAGGCAGCAGUGGUCUUGCUUCUCAUAUUGGUCCUGUGCUAAGGGUUGGCAGUGAUAGCAGUGCCACUGGUCGUGAUGGAAGGGUUUCUACGAGCAGCCCGAUUGCAGCAAGUAGCAUCCUGCAUGGCUCUCCCCAGUCAGAUGAUUCUUCCCAACACUCUGAUUCAGGCAUAUUACUGAGAGACAAUGCAAGUAAUGGUGGCCUCAGCUACACUAGAUCGAGGCCUGCUGACAGUGUCGUUUAUUCUCAAUAUAUAUCAACUAUGUGUUCUGUUGCUAAAGAUCCUUACCCAAGAAUUGCAACUAUUGGUCGGAGAGCACUGUCCCUUAUAGGUGUCAAGCAAGUGGUCAUGAAAAACAGUAGAUUUAACAGUGGAGGUGCACAUCAAGGGGAGACAUCUGCACCUCCAUCAAACUUUGGAAUGGCACGCUCUUCUUCCUGGUUUGAUAUGAAUUCUGGAAACUUCUCAAUUACAUUUAGGACGCCUCCUGUUAGCCCCCCUCAACAUGAUUAUCUUACAGGAUUACGCCGAGUGUGUUCUAUGGAGUUCAAACCACAUCCUAUGAAUUCUCCUGAGGGCUUAGCUGAUCCCCUUUUGAGCUCUGCUGCGGCUCCCAGUAAUGCUGAUCUAAGCAUACUUCCCAAAUCAACAAUUUACAACUGGAGUUGUGGAUACUUCUCUAGGCCACUUUUAACUGGUUCUGACGAUAAUGAAGAAGCCCAUGCUAGAAGAGAAGAGAGAGGACAAAUUACACUAGAUUGCAUUGCUAAGUGCCAGAGAUCAUCAGCUUGCAAGAUGACAAGCCAAAUUGCUAGUUGGGAUACAAGGUUUGAUUCAGGUACAAAAGCAGCAUUGUUGUUGCCAUUUUCUCCAAUCGUCAUUGCAGCUGAUGAAAAUGAACAAAUAAGAGUUUGGAACUACGAUGAUGCACUACCCGUGAACUCUUUUCAAAACCAUAAAUUGUCCGACAGAGGGCUAUCGAAACUCUUGCUUAUCAACGAGCUUGAUGAGAGCUUGCUUUUAGCUGCCUCAAGUGAUGGAAAUGUACGUAUAUGGAAAAAUUUUACUCAAAAGGGAGGACAAAAACUUGUAACUGCUUUCUCAUCAGUUCAGGGUCAUCGAGCUGCUGGUCGCAGUAUUGUGAUCGAUUGGCAGCAGCAAUCUGGUUGCCUGUAUGCAUCUGGUGACAUGUCUUCCAUCUUGGUAUGGGAUCUUGACAAGGAACAACUUCUCAGCACCAUUCAGUCAUCUGGUGACAGUGCGAUUUCUGCCCUCUCUGCAUCUCAGGUCCGCUCUGGACACUUUGCUGCUGGUUUUGCUGAUGGUUCUGUCAGGAUAUUUGAUGUUCGCUCUCCUGAUAGACUGAUCUAUAUGGCAAGGCCACAUGCCCCAAGAACGGAAAAGGUUGUGGGCAUAGGGUUUCAGCCUGGGUUUGAUCCAUACAAGAUUGUAAGUGCAUCUCAAGCUGGAGACAUUCAGUUUCUGGAUGUUAGAAGAGCAGCAGAACCCUACCUGACUAUUGAGGCACACAGGGGUUCACUUACCGCUUUAGCUGUUCAUCGGCAUGCCCCAGUUGUUGCUAGUGGCUCAGCCAAGCAGAUGAUUAAAGUGUUCAGUCUUGAAGGAGAGCAGUUGACGAUAAUUCGCUACCAGCCAUCAUUUAUGGGCCAAAGAAUAGGCAGUGUAAACUGCCUUUCUUUCCACCCGUACAAAUCACUCUUGGCCGCUGGUGCUGGUGAUAAUGCUCUUGUCUCUAUCUAUGCCGAGGAAAAUUACAAGUAAGAUGAGAUCUACAUCCCUUGACAUGCAUCAACAAUGCAACCGAAGGCCUUAUCAUUUUGGCUAAGGCGAUGUGUCCACACCAAGGUCCAGCUACAAGAUCCAAGAUGAUGUGAAGCCUGUUCACCGGCAACAUGGUGGGUAUAUGACCGGGGCUCUCGGUUCAUAUUGCCUGUCGGGCGACAUGUGCAGUUUGUAAGAUACAGCAAAGCCAAGAUUCAUUAGCCUCCUUGCAGAAGGUUUGUGAACCCCUACCCUGGUCCUGUCAUUGAACUUGGAGGCUCCCCCCAAAUAAAUUAAUCAUACCUAGGUUAACCGAAAUGUAAAUAGUCACCUCAUUCGGGUUGUACCUUUGCUUUUACCAACUGUAAAAAGGUUUGGAGAUAUGGUUGACACCAUAAAUCAGGUGUGGUAGGGGCUGCUGCUGCUGCUGCUGCCUGGGCUAGUGGGGUUGUGCAUAGGGGCCCAAGUGGAAGAAAUAGAAUGCAUGCCCAUGUCUCGUGUAUUCACAGAUGGAUGUUGUUGAAUAGAUAGAUGCAUUUGUCCAGCUAAUAUAGCACUAGAUGGGGUUUAGCAUGGCUUGAAUGAAUGGAUCCAUGCCCUUGAGCCACCUGCAUUGUAAGCAAUGGACAGAUUGCCCAUUUGUAAAUACGAAUCGUGUUUGUACAGUUGUCAGGUCU